AUGGACUGGGAGCCAGUGCGAGAAAAGCUAGUGGCUGCAGUAAAAGACUUGAGCAUUGGCCACCCAUAUGUAGUGAUCGAUGGCCUCUUGGGUGGCUGGGCCAAAGCUUUGGCGGAAGAGGCCGAUUCUUUGGAGUUUGCUUCCAAACUAUUGCCACACACCUUCCAAUUCUUUGCUGGCGGCCAACAGCACUUCUUCAAACACCCUGGACGGCGAUAUCUGGACCUCGAUGCGGCACGCCAAGAGGGCCAACCCACGUCUCUGACGUCUCACGCGCCACGUCUCAUGCGCUUUGCAGUGGACAUGCUGCCAGACUUGGUGGCGUCACUGCGUGCUGCCGUGCCGAAGCUGGGCUUGGCGGAGACCGCACCACAUGUGAAGUUGCAGUUGACCACCGGCGAGGUGGGCUGCACGCCUUGUCAUUAUGACACCUCUUACAACGAUCCGACAUCGUUGCAGCUCUCAAUCUUAAUCUACCUCAGUGAGGGCUGGUGCCCAGAGUGGGGUGGUGAGCUCCAACUGGUUCCUUUCCUUGAGCCGCCGGUGCUUUUGGCGCCCUCGUUCGACCGCUGUGUGCUGUUCUUGGCAGAUCGCAGGCUGCACCGCUCCUUACCCCCUCGUGGUCCCGGGGUGCAAAAGCAUCGGUGGCUCUUGACCGCAUGGCUGGAUGGCACGAGGGUGGAUGCCCCUUUGUGGAACUCCUCCCAGUUGGCCCCAUCACUGCAGCGGCUGCUGGCCCCGGCGCUGCACCGAGAGCUGUACCUGGAGGCCUUGCGACAGAGCUUGCCGCCCUAUGCGCUCGCGCGGGAGGCCCUGCUGAGGGAACAGCGUCAGCAGAUUGAAGAGCUGGAGAAGGAUGAGACACUGAUGGGACUGCUGGAAGGCUUGCGAGAGUUGAGAGCGCAAGCGCAGGCCGAGGAUGCCGACGACGCUUCAAAGAGGCGAAGAACAGCCACCGAAGCAGUGCGAAGCAGUGCGAAGUUGAGGCAUGGCCCUUCCUCAGGGGCUCCGAAUCGAAGCUCUGCAUCGAAGUGUUGGUGCAAAUUGGAGUUUCAAACAGCAAAAGGCCUUGAUGAGGCAACCUGGUAG